CUUAUCUCCCGUCUUGUCGGCGCCACCACCUUCUUGGAAAUGAGUUGGGACAAAGGGGAGGGGGCUUAGUACCCCCGCCUCCCCCAGAAGGGCCCAUAAAAGGAGCUGAAACGGGACCCCAGACACCACAGCAAGUCCCAAACCCGACAGCGGGACACAGCCAGACAACACGAUGGCACUGAGCACACAGGUCCAGGCCGCCUGCCUCCUGCUCCUCCUCCUGGCCAGCCUGGCCAGUGGCUCAGCUCUCCGGCAAGAGACGGGCCAGCUCACAGACCUCCAACCCCAGGACACAGCAGCAGCCGAGGCGGGCUUGAAGCCCGCGCUCCAGAGGCUAAGGAGGCGAGACACCCACUUCCCCAUCUGCAUGUUCUGCUGCGGCUGCUGUAAAAAAGCCAAGUGUGGGUUGUGCUGCAAGACGUAGAGCCUCCCCAGCCUGCCCCCGGACCUCCCUCCCCCCCGUAUUUAUUCCUGCUGCCCCCUGACUCUCAGUGAAUGGACUUGGAAUAAAAUGGCCCGUUCUGUCUGUUGUUUUCCA